ACGUAGACGUUCUAUUUCCGGGUCAAGGAGGAAAGGUGAAACAAGCUUUUACAACACAUGAGAGUGGAGGAGCUGGUGUGUAUACAUCAUGGCUAUGGAUGAUCAAGCCGCAGGCCAACCAAGGGAAACCAAGGAGAAAAAGAAGAAACAGAAGAAGAUGAAAGAAAAGAAGCAGAAGCUGAGCAAAACACAAGAAGAAAAUACCGCAAAGGGAGCGAAUGAUACAUCAGAAAAUGACGUGAAACCUCCAGAAACGUCGUUCCCACCAACGUUUAGCGUUUCUGAAAUUAAAAAUAAACAACGCAGGCACUUCAUGUUUCUAAAAUUUAAGAUGGAAAAAAGAAAGGAAAAGUUAGCACUGAAGAAGAAGAGGAAAAAGGAGAGAGCGGCUCUUGGAGAUAAUGCACCUCCGAAACCAGUCCCUAAAACAAUAGAAAACCAGAGAGUGUACGAUGAAACAACAGUGGACCCACAAGAUGAAGAGGUGGCUUUUGACGAAGGAACUGAUGAGUUUUCGUCUUACUUUAACCGUCUAAUUAAUCCCAAAGUCCUAAUUACGACAUCAGAUCGACCCCGCGGGAGGACGGUGAAAUUCUGUGAACAGCUUGCUACUGUAAUACCAGAUUCACAUGUGUACUACCGAAGAGGCCUGGCUCUGAAGAAGGUCAUCCCACAGUGUAUAGCCAGAGGUUUCACAUACCUGAUAGUCAUUAACGAAGAUCGCAAAAUGCCCAAUGGGCUAGUUCUGAGUCAUCUCCCCAAUGGACCGACUGCUCAUUUCAAAGUCAGCAGCGUUCGCCUUCGGAAGGAAAUGAAGAGACGAGGCAAAGAUCCUACACCGCACACCCCGGAGGUGAUACUCAAUAACUUCAGCACGCGGCUGGGACACAGCAUAGGACGCAUGUUUGCUGCCCUCUUCCCACAUGACCCUCAGUUUGUUGGGCGGCAGGUGGCCACUUUCCACAACCAGAGAGACUUUAUCUUCUUUAGAUUUCACAGAUACAUCUUUAAGAAUGAGAAGAGAGUGGGUAUUCAGGAGCUGGGACCACGUUUCACCUUGAAACUCCGAUCUCUUCAGAAGGGGACUUUUGACUCCAAAUUUGGAGAGUAUGAAUGGGUUCACAAGCGUCAUGAAAUGGACACCAGCAGAAGGAAAUUCCACUUGUGAACAGGUCCCCACAAAAUGGCAUCCAGCUCUUCACCACUUGCCUUCUUAAGCAAAUCCGGAAGCAUGGCCAUUACCAAGACAAACUCAAGGAACAUUUCUUUUCUAAUGUGCAUCUCAUACAAAACAAAAGAAUGGUGAAGCAUACUGUUACACAUAAAAUAAACAUUAAAUUUGUUUAGAAGAAGAUUCUUGUUCCAAGCCUUUAAUUAAAGAGAGCUCCUGGUAGCAGUUGCACAGUUGCAGGCAGUUCUGUCAGUGGGGAUGUUACCCCAGUGUCCUGGCCAAAUUUCCCCUGGCUUUUACAAUUAUGGCCACUCAGUAGUUCCCAUCUAUGAUUUGGCUUCAUCACUCUUCUCCUCCCCACCUAUAGCUGAUGGGUGGGGAGCAUACUGGUGCACUUGACUGCUGUGG